UUACCCAGGGUAUCACUCUGGUUGCUGUAAUUUCAUUACUGCCUCUAUCCGUUUGUAAAUUUCUGUUUGGGUUUAUUUUUGUGGGAAGUAUUGAAAAGGUUUUAGCUAAAUUCUUAGCAGAUAACGUUAAUCAACCUGCCGACGCUUGCUUAAUGAUAGCUGUACCAGCAGCAUGUGGCGGCUUUUGUGUCAUCAUUUCGCCGGCCAUCACGCUCAUCACCAUCGUCAGAUAACCGCCAAUAAUUAAGUUUGAUUCUCAUCAUAUAUCACACCCAAUUCUGAAGGUUGGACGACCGGCUCUAACUACGUCUAUACGCAACCGCCAUUAUCAGAGGACAGCAUGGCAGAUUCAGUACUCCAAUCUAUCCUCCUCUUUCCAAUCCAUCUUGUGGUAUGGCUUUACUCAAUCCUCUCCUUCCUGCCCUGGUACUACAUUACCGGUGCUGGUCAAAGAAACGCUCAGUCCAAGCGGAUAAAGGCCCGUUCCACAUCAGGCUGUGCUGAGGGACCAUACCGCUCUGUGGACCACUUUGAUAGCCUGGCCAAGGAGGACUUCCCAGGCAAGGACACGCUGGAUAAACUCUUUGAGCAUGCUGUGCAGCGCUUUGGACAGGCAGACUGUCUCGGCACCCGAGAUGUUCUGAGUGAAGAAAAUGAGAUCCAGCCCAGUGGUAAAGUUUUCAAAAAGCUGAUCCUGGGCAAGUAUAGAUGGCUGUCCUACAAUGAACUGGACUCUAUUGUCAGUCAGUUUGGCAGUGGAUUGGCAGCUCUCGGGCAGCAACCUAAAAGCACCAUUGCAAUAUUUUGUGAAACCAGAGCAGAGUGGAUGAUCACUGCCCAGGCAUGCUUCAGGCGCAAUUUCCCAUUGGUGACUUUCUAUGCCACAUUGGGAGAGGAGGCAAUCGCGUUUGGACUGAAUCAGACUGGAGUUACACAUCUAGUCACUAGUGUGGAACUGCUCGAGACUAAACUGAAAGAUGUGCUCCCACAGAUCCCAAAACUGAAGCAUGUGAUCUGUGUGGACCAAAAGAAGGUGAAUGCAGAAGGCUACCCAGCAGGACUUUCCAUCCACAGCAUGCAGGCCAUACGAGAGCUGGGCAUGCUACCUGAGAAUAUGGGGAGGCCAAUUGUGAAGCCCCAGCCCUCUGAUCUGGCUAUGGUGAUGUAUACCAGUGGUUCUACAGGGAGACCUAAGGGAGUCCUGAUUGUCCACAGUAACCUAAUUGCUGGAAUGACAGGACAAUGUGAGCGCAUCCCUGGACUUGGACCUAGUGACACUUACAUAGCCUAUCUGCCCCUGGCUCAUGUUCUGGAAAUGACAGCUGAAAUCUCCUGUGUUACAUAUGGCUGUCGGAUUGGCUACUCAUCCCCCCAGACGCUGUCAGACCAGUCCACUAAGAUUAAGAAAGGCAGUAAAGGAGAUUGCUCUGUGCUCAGACCCACCCUGAUGGCAGCUGUGCCAGAAAUUAUGGAUCGCAUCAACAAGAACGUGAUGACCAAAGUGCAGGAAAUGGGUUUCAUUCAGAAGACACUGUUUACACUGGGCUACAAUUAUAAACUAGAGCAAAUCAAGAGGGGCUAUGACGCACCACUCUGCAAUGCCCUGCUGUUCAAGAAAGUGAAAAAACUUUUGGGUGGACAAGUGAGGAUGAUGUUGUCGGGAGGAGCCCCUCUGUCCCCAGCCACUCAGAGAUUUAUGAAUGUAUGUUUCUGUUGUCCAGUGGGUCAGGGCUACGGCCUCACUGAAACCUGUGGAGCAGGCACCAUCACAGAGGUUGCGGACAUCAGUACUGGCCGUGUUGGAGCUCCUCUCAUUUGCUGUGAGAUAAGACUCAGGGACUGGGCUGAAGGUGGAUACACCAGCAAAGACCAGCCAAACCCAAGUGGGGAAAUCCUGAUUGGUGGUCCCAAUGUAACCCUGGGCUACUACAAGUAUGAAAACAAUGAUCAGGACUUUUUUGUGGAUGAAAAUGGGCAGAGAUGGUUCUGUACUGGAGAUGUAGGAGAGAUUUGUCCAGAUGGAUGUCUCCAAAUAGUAGACCGCAAGAAGGACUUGGUCAAACUGCAGGCUGGGGAGUAUGUUUCCCUCGGCAAAGUUGAGUCUGCUCUGAAAAACUGCUCCCUCAUAGAAAACAUAUGUGCUUAUGCAAACAGUGACCAGAACUAUGUGAUCAGCUUUGUGGUUCCCAACCAGAAAAAGUUGACUGAACUGGCCAAACAGAGAGGCAUAGUGGGAACAUGGCAGGAGAUCUGCAUUCACCCAGACAUGGAGAGAGAGGUUCUGAAGGAGAUCAAGGUGGUCUCUGCCAAGAUUAAUCUCCAGCGAUUUGAAGUCCCAGUGAAGGUGCAUUUGAGUCCAGAUCCGUGGACUCCCGAGACAGGUCUUGUCACAGAUGCAUUCAAGCUGAAGAGGAAAGAGCUAAAGAACCACUAUCUCCACGACAUAGAGAGAAUGUAUGGGGGUAAAUAACUUCAACGGUUUCACUAAAGAGUCUCCAUUUAUUACCAUAACUACUGUUGUGAUUUAGAAAUAAUCCCUGUACUCUUUAUUGCAUUUGAUGCUGUUUUUGAACCAUAGAUGUCUAAAUGGAAAUGUCUUGAACAAAAAGGUUGAAGCUGUAGAUAGAUGUAGCUGUUGUUCCACAUGUGCUGUUUCUUAUUCAUACAUAUUGAAGUUUUGAUUGUCAAAGGAAUUAACCGAAUUAGAAACUCUUAUAUCAUGAGACAGUUCUGAGACCAUUACAGCACUUAAAUGCCUUCCACUAAAACGCAGUAUUUUGGCACUUUGUGGUGAUUAAAGCAUAUCACUGUCCUCCAUAUAUUCCUGAGGCAUUGAUGUUGCAUUGACUGAAAUUGUUAUUCAUCGCAGAGACUUGUAAUGUGGCUUGUAAGGCUGGAGUACUGAUCUUACUGUGCCUUCAGUCUGCAGUACCUGUGUACUUGAGCAGUAAUGGCAUCUAGAUAAUGACCUAUGUGUUGUUGUGUUAGUAACAAAAAUGACAGAGCUACCAUGCUGUUUAGUUCAUGUCUGCUUAUCCACUUUUAUUUUGUGACCAAUGUUGUUUUAUUUAUUAUUUUGUGCUGAUUUAUUGAGAAGGUAGGACCAAAAUGUUCUAACAUUAAUGACUCAGGAAGAUAAGUAAAUGUUUAAUAUAUAAAACUGUAAAAUAGUGGAUAGCUUACGUAGAAAGCACUUAUGGCAAAAUUCCUGUCGGCACCUUAUUUAUUAAAGCAUGAGCAUGCUUUACUACUAAAAUGCUUAGCUGUAGUCAGUUCUGGCAUACUGUAAUACUGUGCAUAUUUUACCUCGGUUAACAGGUUCAUGUAUAAUUUGGUAUCAAAAGGUUAUCAGCAGUUAAGUCUGUUCACUUCAAAAUUAUAGGAGUGUGUUUUCUAUGUAUUUUUCACAGUGCUGUCAUGUUGAUGGACUUGCAUCAUUAGGCUAUUUGUAUUUAUUACUCCAUUUAUUAUGGCCAUAUGCCUCUUCAACAUUUCAAAAAUAAACACCUUUUCAUA